AUGGCUGGGUUAUUUUUGAGGACGUUCGAGUAUAUUGCUUCAGGCCAAGAAGGCUUACUGAGUGGCAGUGCUCGAUCCAGCAAGAGCGACUUUACCACCGCCUCAUGCUUCUUUCCGCAUGGAUUUACCAAAAAGAAGGGCGUUGCAAAAGCCAAAACGGUGCAGGAAAGUAAGCCGCCUGCCGGAUUUGACGUGAGUCCAGCCCGCGAAGACGGCCUCGACACAAGUCACAUAAUUCUGAGUCCGCUUGCCUUCGAGCAGGAGGCAAAAGAAAAGCUGGCCGUGCCGACAAACAAAGGCCAGGAUGGCGAUAGCAGAAGAGGCGGUAGAGAGGCAGAGAUGGUGGCUGAAAGUGAAGCGGCCAGCGACUUCGACAAGGCCAAGAUGCACGGUCCGAGCAAGGGUCAGCCUGCUCAGAUGGACACGAAUUGGAGGGCGACAGAGGGCCCUAGGCUGCCACGGAGUUACAGCUCCAGUAGCAACGACAGUGACACGGAUACCUCGGACCCGAAGUCCAACCCAGACGACUCGCGUACCUCUUCUCUGCACAGUGUCUCGCUCAACCUGUACAAACGUUCUUCCUUUCACUGGCUGGCCAGUUCAGGCUCGAAGACGCUGCAAAUCAACUAUCCGAGCAGCAAAGAGGAUCACAGCGAGGACUCUUUCAGCGAUCGGAAUCUCGAGGCAGUUCAGUUGAUGCAGGCGCCUGGGAUGGGCGUGAGGCGAGUGAAAGUGUGUUCUGGUGAAAGACAGCAGAAAGGGCCGUGUGGAGCCCAGAUGGAGGACGAAGAGGCGCAAUCGAGGCAUGAGGCCCUCUUGCCGGAACACUACUGCUUCCAGGAGUCUGCCUUGGGCCGUCACUCCCAUUCGCCGUUCCUCGGACUGCACGCCGCCGAGCAGCAGAUUGGACUUCCCCGACGCCAUUCUAGCCUCGGGGACGACGGAUCCUGUUCUACAAAAGACGACGUAGGGCUGACCGUCAAGAAGAUGCCCACCUCGUGUUCGAGAGAUCGAGUCUCUCUGGCUAGGCCGGUCACGGAGCCAGUUGGCAAUGAAUCUUGGAUAAAGCGACUGCGUCGACGCUUCGUGGGCUGGACAAAGUCGGAAUGCAUAACGGCAACCGAAAUGUUUCCGCAGAUGUGCAAUGCCGAGCUGGAGUAUUGGAUUCCAAUGCAGUGGGCCAUACGAAUGAUUCACAGAGCCUAUGUGUGCGGCUAUAUUGUAGAGCCGAGAGACCUCAACACCCUCAUCAUGGUGUUGUCACUUGAAGUUCACGAACCUGCUUGGGCUCCUGUUGGUUUUCUCGGGCAUUCUGAGGUAAACUCAUCUCAGUGA